AUGAAACUCCAUUUGGAGCCAAAAUGCAUGAUUUCCAAUUUGCCGCCAACGAUCGGCCCGAUCAUACAUAAAAACUUGUUUAUUUAUUACAGUGCUACCAAUGUUACCAUCUCUGACUUAUCCUCGAACAGGAUUGUCCACAGAUUUAAAUACGAGAAUGUCCAAGUCUUGAAAACACACAGAAACAAUCUCUACAUAUGCACAAACGACAUCUACAUUUUAGAUCUGAUCAACUUUCAGAUUAUUGAUGUUAUUAAGCUUUCCAAAGCUUUAAUCUCUAAAAUUGCUCUGUUUGAAAGCAGCAUUCUCAUAUUCAAAGUGAAUAAGAAACUCAGUCUUUUGAGUUCUGACAGCAGCCACCAUAGCUAUGGAAAGAAGUUUGAAAUACAACUAGACAGCUUCUGCAAUGGGCUAUUUUUAAGCGAACGGUUCUUUGGGUAUUUUGACUCUGAGAGAGUCGCAGUAUUUUCAAAUAGCUGUAAGAUGGCUGAAUAUGAAUCCGAGUAUGUGCUUGAUGUAUAUCCAAAAGAAGGAUCGGUGUAUGUUCUUCAAAGCGAUGGAAGUCUGUCGGAGAUUAUGUCUGGCUACAAUGUUAACUUGGGCGUGGAAAUUCAGUCAGGUUGUUUUACACCUGACCAUGUAUUAUGCAUAAGCAACAGUGGUUUUUCGAGGAUAUCGUAUAUUGGUGAGGUGCUAGAGGAAUUUAAUAUUAAUACCAAAAUAGAAGAGUAUUCAGGAGCUGUUUUUGACUACUACUCGCAUGUAAAGAAUAACAACUUACUGACAGCACCUGAAUUUAAAAGAAUUAAGAAAUUAAAAGUGUAUGAGAAGGAUUCAGUUGGCGAGGAUAACAGCAUCACAGAAAGUAUUGAUGAAAGUUCGACUUCUGAAAGGAAUGGUGGCACACUAAAUGCAAGCUCUCAAGAUGAUGCUGAUGAUAUUCAGAGCACAUAUUUGCAAAGUGUCUAUGCUACUGACGAAGAAGAUCUUGAUAAUGGCCAGGGCUUAGAUUCAAGCACUAGUGAGGCCAUUGGCAUUGAUGGAAUAGAUGAGAACCAAGAUUUGGACUCGAGUAUUGAUAAAAAAUCAAAUGAAACGGACACUGGGGACCUGAGCUUCACAUUUGUGGACUCUGAACUAGUCAAAACAUCAGAAAACGAUUAUAUUUUCUUUAAAGAUGGGGAUAUUACAAGGAUUCUUGUAUUUGCUGAUGAUACGACGGACUUUGUAUACUUUAAAGACUAUUUGAUUUUAACAACAUCAUCCGGAUAUUUGAAGUUUGCCAGCAUUAAUGGAUAUUCCAAAGACGAGUGCAUUCUAGAUGCAUAUCUUCUGAAAAUACACAACAAUAGCAUAACUGCAUGUAGGCUAUACAAAGAUAUCUUUAUUACUACCGGUAAAGAUAGAAUAAUGAAUGUUUUUAGAGUAUUUAAGCACAGAAGGCUAAGAUUUGUAAAGCUUUUUGAAUUUGCCAAUUUUACUGAAGAAGUAACGGCAUUUGCAUAUGAAAAUAAUUUGCUGGUGGCAGCGACCUCAGAUUUUAUUGUCCAAAUAUUUCAAUCGGAUCAAUGCUUGCCUGACAAACAGAUCGACUACUUCGAUGCAAACGCCCUUGAUUUUCUGCUCGACUAUUCGCAAUUUUUCAACACAUUUGAAAAUAUUAGUGUUCAAAAACUCCAUUCAAAAGCAAUCAACCAUAUUUCUCUAAUCAACAAGUUCAUUGUAACAUCCUCGUCUGAUAAAUCAGCCAAAAUACUCAGUCUUGAAGGUAAUCUGGUGAAAAUAAUUCAAUCUGAUAAAGUUCUUCAUACAUCGUUUGACAGCAAAUACAUUGCUAUUUGCUCACAUAAGGCAGUAAAAAUAAUCACACAUCCAUCUUUUUCCCCUGUCUGCUCUUUCCAGGCCCGAAGGCCAGUACUUUCCAGUUGUUUCUACCACGGCUAUCUUCUUACGCUCAGUGAUGUCUUGAGAGUAUUUGAUAUUGACAAAAGGAAAUGCGUCAAAAUGUAUGAUCUUGGUCUUCUAAGUUCUUGGUCGUUUAGUUUCCCGUUCAUCUGUGCUGAAAAUAAGAUUGUUGUACUGAAGGAUAUCAGUGAGGAAAAGGCCAGGUUAGAUGCUGAUGCGGUACGCCUACUUACAGAACAUACAAUCUUGUUUAGUAAAUUUAUAUAUGACAAGCAAUUUGACAAGGCCUUGGAUGUUGUAUUGAAAAGAAAUGAUGAAAAGAAGGUUUACCAAGUAAUCUCGCAGGGCUAUUACCAUUUUGGAAACUUGGAUUUUCUGAAAGACUUUAUGAAGAAUGGCGAGGUAAAGAACAGAGUGCUUGAUAUUUUGAUGAAAAACUCAAGUUUAAAAAGCUCCCUUGUUUUCAAUGAAGUUCUGAGCCAUUAUUUCAUCGACAAGAUUGACAAGGCUAAAAAAGAAAAAAUCAGAGAAAUAAUCCACAAACACGUGGAUGCGAUCGACAAUAUCUACAUAGAGAUACUAGGUCUUGAAGCAUAUGUCAAUCGCCAAGAAUAG